AGAGAAGGAGCAGCCCAGUGGACUAGGUGGUUAGAGCUCUUUACGUUGUAACCCUUUGCUCUAAGUAUGCAGGAGCAAGCAUUCGGCAGGCUGCUUUCUGCAGCCGAGGAGACAACAUUCAUAGACUUCCUUUGAUUAGGAUAUGUCACUGUUGUCAGGGCAACUGUUAACGGUGGCGUAUCGUAUUUUUUCCUCCUGUGUUGCGUGCUGAAUAUUUUAGUGUGCUGUAGCUGGAAGAAGCUUGGGGAAGAGGUGCUGCUGCAGAACCGGGAAGCUGUGGGCUGGGAUCUGAUUGAACAGGUUAAAACAGCGAAGAGAGGCAUCCAAACCAAUGUGCCUUUAAUUAGGGCUUUUCUUGAAGGUGGAUGAAACUGUAGCCUCUCAGCUGCCAAGUGGAUGUUGGUAUUUGUCAGCUCUUUGCCUACUGCUUACCCAUAGGGGAUCUAUUACAAGUGCUCAAAUGAGAAGGCAGGUCUGCAGCUAGCUGCUACACAGGCACUGCAGUUUCUUAAAUAUAUAUAUAUAUAGUAAUCAGUAGCAGCAAUAUGCCUGGUGCAGCUACUGUUAUCCGACAAGAGAGAUUGAAGAAGACAAAUACAAGGACAAAUCCUCCUGGUUUAUUCACCAUUAAUGAAGAAGAUGAGCAGCAGAAGAAUGGGAAUUUCAAAAGACUGAAAGCACCAGAAGACUCUAAAGUACAAGACAAGAAAGCUACUUCAUCCAGCCACCCCACUUCAGCUUCUUCGGGGCACAGCCCCAUCAACUCCACUGCUAAAGCAGAUCAUCCACCUGUACUAAAAGUUGAUGACAGACAACGGCUUGCUAGGGUACGGAGAGAAGAACUGGAAAAGCAGAUAGGUGAGACAUAAUGUUAUUUAGCAGUU